UCCACAGUCUGACAGUCAGCAAGUUAGCGGUGUUUGUUUUUUGUUUACAACCGAGUCCAUACAGGAAUAAUAUAGUUACCUCGUUGUUUUUAUCAUAACGCUUGCAAGGAGAGUGGUGUGAUUUAUCUGCAGUUAUUUAUUUCUUUAAAAAGCCUCUCACAGCUUCUCCGGGGGGCGGAGUGUCUGCAGAAAGCUGCGCCGAUUGGGGCGCUGAAUCUGGGGAAGAGAGAUGGCGUGUUUGUUGGAGGCCCCUCUCCGCAUCAGUGUGCUUUCUGAAGUAACUGCCACAAGUCGCCAUUAUGUUGACAGACUGUUUGACCCAGACCCACAGAAAGUGCUGCAGGGAGUCAUCGACAUGAAGAAUGCAGUCAUAGGAAACAACAAGCAGAAGGCCAAUCUGAUCGUCCUCGGAGCGGUGCCGAGGUACGUCUCUGCACACCUUCCCAAAUCUUUCUUCCUAAAUCCAAUGUCUUGA